AUGUUCAUUCAUGAGAUCGCCGCGCUGGCGGCCGCCGCCGUAUGGGCGCUGACCGGGCUCGUCUCGGUGGCCCCGGCCAGGCACCUGGGCGCCAUCGCCUUCAACCGGCUGCGCAUGGCGAUGGUGUUCGCCAUGCUGGCGGUGUGGGUGACGGCGGCGGGCACCUGGAGCACGCUGUCGGGCGAGGUGCUAUGGCCGCUGGUCUGGUCGGGGCUCAUCGGCAUCUUUCUGGGCGACACGGCGCUGUUUCUGACCAUGAACAGGCUUGGACCGCGGCGAACGGGCAUCCUGUUUUCGAUGAAUGCGCCGAUGUCCGUCGUGCUGGGCUGGAUUGUUCUGGGCGAAGCGCUGUCUGUGGUUACCUUGGCCGGCAUCGCGAUCGCCAUGACCGGCGUGGUGCUCGCCAUCGUCUUCGGCAAGCGCAAGGAUCAGCUUCAUCAAUGGGAAAGCGUGACCGGGCCGCUGUGGGUCGGCGUUGCGCUCGGGCUCGCUGCUGCGUUGUGCCAAUCGGUCGGUGCACUCAUCGCGCGUCCCGUCAUGGAAACGGGCAUGGUCGAUCCCGCCGCGGCAUCGGCGGUGCGGAUCGGCGUGGCCGCGCUGUGCCUGACCGUGCUGAUGCAGGCGCCUGCUCGGAUGGUCGGCCAGGCCAAGCCGCUGACCUGGAGCAUUGCCGGCUACACCGCGCUGUCCGGUUUUCUGGCGAUGGCGCUCGGCAUGACGUUUCUGCUGUUUGCCCUGUCGGGCGGCGAAGUGGGGAUCGUCACGACCCUUUCGGCGACGACGCCGGCGAUCAUGCUGCCGCUUCUGUGGUGGCGGACGCGAGAGAUGCCGGCGGCCGGCGCGUGGAUCGGCGCGGCGCUCGUCGUCGUCGGCAGCGCGCUGAUCUUUUCGGGUUAG